AUGUCUGAAGACGAACGGUACCGCACCUCCACACAAUACCGGUUAUGGUCCUACACGCCACAAUCGCUCCUCGCGCUUCGCUCAUCCACGAACCGCAUCGCCGCCGACCGCGUCCGCGAAGCGGUGCGACGCGUACGAGAGGCUCGGAAUCUCUCUUCGGCAGAUACGAGCGAAGCUGAGAAUGGGGGUGUGGUUAUUCCGGAGGGAGAGGUAGACUGCCUGACGGUGGAGGAGGAGUUGAAGCUCGUGACGUUCUAUUGCAGGCAGACGCUCCAGCUUGGGGAUCAUUUGAAGGUGCCUACUGAUGUCAAGGCAACAGCAGUCCAAUAUAUAAAGCGCUUCUACAUCACCAAUUCCCUCAUGACCUACCACCCCACCGACAUCCUCAAAACCGCCCUCUUCUUCGCCACCAAGACCGAGAACCACUACUUCCGGCUCACCAAAUUCGCAGACCAAAUUGGCAACACAAAAGCAGAGGAUGUGCUUGCUUCUGAAUUCCUGCUCACACAAGGAUUGAGAUUCACGUUCGAUGUUCGACAUCCCUUUAGAGCUCUAGAAGGGGCAGUCAUGGAACUACAGGCUCUAUCAAGAGAAGACUUUCCUGCACUACCAGGUGGAGGUUCUGUCUCUAGAGAUCGGCCAAGUAAUAUGGAGAGGAGGGUCAAAGAUGCGCAUGGCAAAGCAAGGGAAUAUCUCAAGACUAGUGCUCUGUUGACGGAUGUCUAUUUCCACUUUACGCCAAGUCAGAUCAUGAUGGCUGCCUUGAUGCUUGCCGAUUCGGAAUUGAUUCAGUGGUACAUAAGAUGCAAAUUCCCUCCCUCAGCUGGAGACCUGCAGAGAAAAGUACUGAGCACACUGGGGAGCUGUGCGGACAUGCUCAGGAGUGUUGGGCCUAACGCGGAUUCCUCAGCGGCGGAGCGCAAGGAACUGAAAGGGCUGGCUAAGAAGUUGACGAAGUGCAGAAACCCAGAGAAGAUAGAUCUCGUGGCUUUGCAAAGGGCGAAGAGGGAAGGAGAUGAAGGCGACGAGGAGAAGAUUGUGAAGAAGAGGAAGCUGGAAAAGGAGAAGUCAUCUGCUGAUGAUUUAUUUGGUCCGGAAAUCAAGAGGCCAUAG